AUGGGCAAUGCAUCAUCCCAAAAAGUGAAGGCUGUGGACACGGCCAAGCCGGAAAGCCGCAAGCAGUUAGCGGUAGACAGCGUCGUAACGCUCCUGAAGGAGAUUGAUGGCGCUGUGUGUGAUUCGCAGAACAUCCUCAGCCUCGGAUAUUUGCUGGAGUGGAUGGAUGCCGCGAGCUGCCUGGCAGCGGAACGGCACUGCAGGCGCUCAGCCGUGACCUUGGUCAUGGACGACUUGGACUUCACGGACACCGCAUUUGAGCUUCUCCUGCGAGGAGAGCGCUGCAUCCUGGAGGGAAAGGUGACCCGGGCCUUCGGCAGCUCAAUGGAGGUGGUCGUCCGAAUCUCUGUGGCCCACGUGCACUCAGGUACGCUGCGUUUCGUUGGCAGCGCAUACUUCAUGUACGUAGUCUUGAAGACCGACGAAGAGAAGGCCAGCAACACCAAGGUCGAAGUCCCGGAGCUGGUUCCGAUUACGGCGGAGGAGCAUCUGGAGUACAGCUUGGCGGAGCGGCGUAGGAACUUCCGGAAGAACCGCGAGAAGCGCGUCGCCGAGAUGACCAAGGAGGCGGAAGCCGAGCACACCGUCAACUUGUCGCCACUUCACGGAGGCUCAGCUCUGACCUUCACCGAGCUUGUAUUGCCAACGCAUACCAACCACAUGGGCAACACCUUCGGCGGGCAGAUCAUGGCAUGGAUGGUCAAGGGAGCGAAGACCGCUGUUUGGCUGCACCUCAGGAUGUCCUGUGCGCCCAAAGAUGGCGCUGAUGAUGGCCGCCCACCUCUUGGCGUUGGAGGUGUGGAUCGGAUCCAAGUGGAGCAGCUUAAGGAUGCGUUCCUGCAGCCUGUAAGCGUGGAUACAGUGCACUUCAAAGCACCAAGCCGGCUUGGCGACCGAGUGCUGGUGACGGCCUCGGUGACGCGAGUCUUUCCCUCAAGCAUCGAAGUCAAAGUCCGGGUCACUUCUAAUUCGGCCAGCAAUCAAGAUGUACCCAUGGAGGUGAACGAGGGCUACAUGAAUUUCGCUGUGAUGAGUGGCGCAGAUCAUGAGCCGCUCACGAGGCACGUCACGGACGUGGUUCCCGGGACCAUGGAGCAGGACCAGGAGUACCGGAAAGCCAUUGCCCGGCAAGACUUCCGUGAGUUUCGGCGGAUGGACGGGAAGAGGUCACAACCUUCCUGCACGUCAUCGUGCCACAAGUUCAGCGUUGACUUUGAUCCGGACAGUGAGAAGGCGCAGCAGGUGGCUGUGCAGUGCCUCUCGUGUAUUCUCUGCCUGAACGAUAACGCCACGCUUCGCUGGGAGCGCCUCAUCACCACCACGCCAGGCGUCGAAGCCUGGGUGGAGUUCGGAUUGCGAAACACUACCUCCGUUUCGCGCCUGAAAGUCAAGGCGACUGUCAAGAGAUCACCAUCCGACUGUUUCCGGCUGCUGAAGGAUGCCAACAGCAGGAUGCAGUUCGACGUCAACUGUACCGAAGCUGAAGUCAUCCUUUGUUGUCGCAACUCCGCAGACCUCGUUCGGAUGGUCAUGGCGCCACCGCCCAAUGACACGAGCCCCACCAAGAGGCCGAAGCAGGAACUCCUUGUCUUGCGCGCUUACGAGGAGAAGCCUGACCAGAAUGUGUUCAUCCUCUGCUCGCGGAGCGUGCGAUCCGACAAGCGUUUUCCACCCCGGGAUGAUCUUCAGCGGACAGAAGUCUUACCAUCAGGCUACAUCAUGGAGGCGGCUAGCGAGAGCGGCGAAUCCACCAACUUGACCUUCCUCGGUCAGUUCAGUCAGGCGCUCUUCGACAUGGUGCAGCCGCAUGCUAUGGAAACUGUGAGACGCUUCAAGGAGCUUCUUGAGAAGCCCAGCAAUGAACCUGGCGGCUACGCGGGGGCUUCCUAA